CCCUCCUCCUUACUUCCCACCUCAGAGCUGCUGCAUGACUUCCUGAGGAUUCUAUUGCAGUGGCUAGAGAUAAACACUCAUUUAUACGUAUAACCUGCAAGUCUCCAGUUUCUAUUCUUCCUCCCUCUCUGUUCCUUCCCUGCCCCCACUUUUCACCAGGGAAGCUAAACUCUGGCGUGGUUUAAGCAGUUUGAGGACUAAUCAGAAAGAGGAAGAAGAAUCGGUAUAUAUUGGCUAGCAAACGUGCCAUGCCCUGACCUCUCUCCUCUUGAAAGAAACUUUCCUGAAGAGCAGGCGCCCUGUGAAUGGAGUGGAGCAUCCAGAGUCUCCAGAUUUCUUCUGCAGCUCCCUAUCCAGGGCUAGCUCUCCAGAGGACUAACAGGGUGGAUUUUUCUCAAGAUUUGCCUCUAGUUUCAGGGAGCAAACUCGAAAGGGCCUCCAACUGUGACGCUUGGAAUCAGCAGCGUGAGCAUACUCUGACGUUGCAACAUAAGAACAGUGGCCACAAUAAGAAGGAAACUUUGUGAAGGUACUGCGGUGCCAGAAAGAGGCAUAAAGCAGGGAUUCCUGGAGAACAUGGAUGGCGUUGAAAAUCUGACAGUAUCUUCUGCCAGUAAUAACAUAUGCCAUGAUACGAUCGACGAGUUCCGCAAUCAAGUGUACUCCACAAUGUAUUCUAUGAUCUCUGUUGUGGGUUUCUUUGGCAAUAGCUUUGUGCUCUAUGUCCUCAUAAAAACAUAUCAUGAGAAAUCAGCCUUCCAAGUAUACAUGAUUAAUCUAGCCAUAGCAGAUCUACUGUGUGUGUGCACAUUACCUCUCCGUGUGGUCUAUUAUGUUCACAAAGGCAAGUGGCUCUUUGGUGACAUUUUGUGCCGCCUCACCACCUAUGCCUUGUAUGUUAAUCUCUAUUGUAGCAUCUUUUUUAUGACAGCCAUGAGCUUUUUUCGGUGUGUUGCAAUUGUUUUUCCAGUCCAGAACAUUAAUUUGGUUACACAGAAAAAAGCCAGGUUUGUGUGUAUUGGAAUUUGGAUUUUUGUGAUUUUGACUAGUUCUCCAUUUUUAAUGUCCAAAUCUUACCAAGAUGACAAAAACAAUACUAAAUGCUUUGAGCCUCCACAGGACAAUCAAGGUAAAAAGUAUGUCUUGGUCUUGCAUUAUGUAUCAUUACUCUUUGGCUUCAUUAUCCCUUUUGUCAUCAUAAUUGUCUGUUACACAAUGAUCAUUUUGACCUUACUAAAAAAUUCAAUGAAGAAAAAUCUGCCAAGUCGUAGGAAGGCUAUAGGAAUGAUCAUAGUUGUGACAGCUGCCUUUUUAAUUAGCUUCAUGCCAUAUCAUAUUCAACGAACUAUCCACCUUCACUUUCUACACAGUGAAAAUAGACCCUGUGAUUCUGUGCUAAGGAUGCAGAAGUCAGUGGUCAUAACCUUAUCUCUAGCUGCACUGAAUUGUUGCUUUGACCCUCUGCUAUAUUUCUUUUCAGGCGGAAAUUUUAGGAGAAGACUGUCCACAUUUAGAAAGCAUUCUUUGUCCAGUAUGACUUACAUACCCAAGAAGAAAGCUUCCUUGCCAGAGAAAGGAGAAGAAAUAUGUAAAGAAUAAUUCAAAUCCAUCUCCAUUGCAGAACAAUGAAAAGAAUUUCCCUAACAAGUAUUUUCCUAAAUCACAAUUAAAAGAUAAAGUUUCCCAUUAAUAUCUUGGAAACUAUUAAAUAUAUCUCAUUUACAAAUUCUAGCAUUCAAAAUGUAAAGUGUUCAACAUUUAGUUUAUCACUGUGAGGGUUUUUUUUACUAUUCACCAGAAGGUGGAAAGUAUUUGUGGUUCUAAACUACAAAACUGAAUGUGAAAUCAAGAUUUUUCCUCUUCAAAUAAAAGGGUUACAAAGGAUAUGAACUAGGAUUUUGAGUCCAGCUUUUAAAUAUAGCUUUAGAAUUAGCAAAUAGCCAUCAGUCAUCCCAACAUGUGCCUUUGCAUGCAUGCCAUCAGAUGAAACCUGGAGAUGACCCAGAAGCUACAGAAAUGUACUGUCAGCCUUUUCCUUUGUAGUACUGACAAGCGAGGCAAAGUAGAGCCCUAUCUUCCGGAAGACAAUGUUCAAGCGCUAGAAAAGACCAGUAUUCAGCCAAAUAGCCAUAUAGGCUGCAUGCAAUUUACUAUCUGGAAAUUAAGGAAAGUAAAUAUGUUCAAAAGCCCGCUUGUCUCCAGUUCUCUUCUGCCCUUGCUUGACUUAAGUCCCCAAAAGAGAAUAGUGUUUUUCUUGCUCACUGAAGUUCCUAUUAGGAGUUCCAUCCUGACCCAAAAUAUAAUUCUUCCUUAAUGAGUAAGACAAUUGGUAUUCCCAUGUAUGAACAGAAACAAUCAAAAUUCAUCUGAAGAAAAGGAAAGAGGCCUUCUUCUCUAUAUGAGCUUUAUUGUGAUCAAAAUUUGCUGUAUAAGAUACCAGAGGAAAAAAUUUAAUAUCUAUAUCAUUCUCUUAAGAAGUACAUUUAUGUAUAUGUAUAUAAAUAUAUGUAAUCUAUCUUGUUCUAUGAUAUGCAUUUAUAGUUAGUCAAUUAUGAGAUUUAUUGUUUUAUAUUUUCUGUUUUUUAUUAGCAUGUUGAACAUAAUAGCAUUUAUUUGCAGUGAUUUUUAUAUUAUAGCAGAAGCUUUGUUCUUAAAACAAACCAUUGAAAACAGCUUGGUUGUGACUAAAAUAUGAUACUCAUCAGCAAAGUUUUGCAGGAGUUUGUUCUUUUCUUAACUCUGAGUUUCAAAAUUCACAUUACCUCAGGAGAAAUAAAUAAUAAUAGAGAUCGAAAAAAGGAAAAUCAUGAGUGGAGUUCUGUCUGCAUCUGCCAUGUGUGAGCUUUUCUAGUUCACAUCUACUACUACAACCCCUGGGGAAAUAAAAAAGUACACAAUGAAGAGAGACCUCUAAGGAUCAGAAA